AUGCCAGACGAACGGGUUCCUCAAAAAGAAUCGUUUAAUGCGCGAGGUACCACUUUUCGGAUAGACACUCGCUUCUCGUUUAUUAAAGUCCUGGGUCUCGGUGCAUAUGGAGUCGUGUGUGCAGCAAAGGAUGAACAGAAUAACAUAAAGGUUGCCGUCAAGAAAGUGGCCGGGGUGUUUGAGGACCUCACCGAUGCGAAGAGAAUUAUUCGCGAGGUGAGAUUAAUGCAUGCGCUGAGGCAUCCAAACAUACUCCAGAUACUUGACAUCGAUGAGCCGGAAAGCUAUGAGGGUUUCGAAGAUGUUUACAUUGUAACGGAGCUCAUGGACACGGACUUACACAAAGUGCUACGAUCGAAGCAUGCCCUUCUUGACGACCACAAAAAAUUCUUUACGUAUCAGAUUUUUCGAGCAAUGAAGUAUCUGCACAGUGCGAACAUACUUCAUAGAGAUCUGAAACCAGCCAACAUUUUGGUCGCUGAGACUUGUGACAUCAAGAUAUGCGACUUUGGACUGGCCAGAUACAUAGGAGCUCCGGACGAGUCGAAGAAUGAGAUGACAGAAUAUGUCGUGACGCGGUGGUAUAGAGCACCUGAGCUGCUACUGGCUGCUGCAGAGUAUACAGCGGCAAUCGACAUGUGGAGUAUAGGGUGCCUCAUCGCCGAGCUUUACUGUCGUCGACCAAUAUUCCCAGGCAGCGACGUCAAGAACCAAAUUCAAGUCAUUUGCUCGCUUCUAGGAAAGCCAACCGACGAAGAAAUCAAGGGCAUCAAGAAUCUGCGGGCACGAGACUUCGUGUCGAAAAUACCUGCCUCUCCACGAAAGAGCAUGAGUGCGCUAAUGCCAGAAUCAUGCCCCGCAGCACAGGACCUGGUCGACCGACUGCUGCAGUUUGACCCUGAGAAAAGGCUGUCAGCCGAAGAAGCGCUAGCGCAUCCGUAUGUGGCCGAAUACAGAGACCCAGAUUCGGAGACAACGGCUACGACUCAACAGAAUGUUUUAGAACCGCCGAGCGAGAAGGACUUGGGCAAGCAUGGUAUACGACGACUGAUGUGGGAUGAAAUCUUAAAGUUCCAUCCAGAAGCUCGGGCGAGGGAGCCCCCAUUAGCUGUUUACGCUGAUGGCAUUGUGAAGAGGGUUGAGAGCAGUAGGUAUUAA